CAAGUAAGUCGCGCAGAGUGCCAGACCGAGGACUGAGAGAGAGCUUUGUCUUCAUUUUGCUUGACAAGUCUCGUCGUGGUUGCUUGGCAGUGGUCUCGCACGUCUGCUUUGCCUAAGCAGGAGCUAGCUGGAAGCUCCUGAUAAGCCACCUAGGAAGCCCAAUGGCUAUCCCUGCUCAAUCCGCGGCCACCACCAUGGCUACCUUCACCCGUAUGGUGAAGGGCCAGGUGCGCCAUUAUUCCGCACCACUCGACAUGGCCAUCCCCGCCUCCAAGCAGAAGUACAUCCCUUCGUCCGGCACGUAUCCCAAGGGCUUCUCCGUCUCGGGGACCCACGUCGGUGUGAAGGCCUCCAACACCAAAUUCCCCGAUCUAGCCCUGAUCUCCUCCGAGACACCCUGUGCCGCGGCCGCGGUCUUCACCACCAACAAGUUCCAAGCCGCUCCUGUCCAGGUCAGCCGUAACAUCUUGCAGACCCGCCAAGGCCAGGGCAUCCGGUCCGUGGUGAUCAACUCCGGGUGCGCCAACGCAGUGACGGGCAAAGGCGGGCUGGAAGAUGCCAUCAACAUGGGAGCCAAGGUGGACGAAUGCAACGGGCUGAGCGGCGAGGAGCCCAGCACACUGGUCAUGAGCACGGGAGUCAUCGGACAGCGCCUCCCGAUCUCCAAGAUCCUCUCCCAGAUCCCAACGGCACACUCGACGCUCUCGUCCACGCACGAGGCAUGGCUCAGCACGGCACGCGCAAUCUGCACAACAGACACCUUCCCGAAGCUGCUCUCCACAACAUUCACGCUCCCGUCAUCACCAGGGCGCACGUACCACCUAGCAGGUAUGACGAAGGGUGCGGGUAUGAUCCACCCGAACAUGGCAACACUACUGGGAGUUCUCUGCACAGACGCACCGAUCACCGCACCAGCACUGUCCGCGCUCCUCAAGCACGCGGUCUCGCGAUCGUUCAACGCGAUCAGUGUGGACGGGGACACGAGCACGAACGACACGAUCGCGAUCCUGGCGAACGGGGCAGGAGGCGGGGCGGCGAUCACGCACCCGUCGGCGUCGGACGACUACACAGCGAUGCAGCGGGUGCUGACGGGGUUCACGCAGUCGCUGUCACAGCUGGUGGUGCGCGACGGCGAGGGCGCGACCAAGUUCGUGACGGUGCGCGUGCAGAACUCGCCCGACUACGAUUCGGCCAAGCUGAUCGCCAGCACGAUCGCGCGCUCCCCGCUCGUCAAGACCGCCCUGUACGGCCGCGAUGCUAACUGGGGUCGUAUCCUUUGUGCCGUCGGCUACGCCCAGGGUGUGCGUGACGGCGUCGUCGUACCUGAGCGUACCAGCGUCAGCUUCCGCCCGCUUGACGGUAGCCCCGAGCUUAAGCUGCUCGUUAACGGCGAGCCCGAGCAGGUCGACGAGGACCGCGCCGCUGUCAUCCUGCAGGAGGAGGACCUCGAGAUCGUCGUCGAUCUUGGCGGCGGUGACCUCGGCGACAAGGGCCGCGGCGGCGAGGAGGCCGUCUACUGGUUCUGCGACUUCAGUCAUGAGUAUGUCACCAUCAAUGGCGAUUACCGGACUUGAUCCAUCCAUCCAUCCAUCCAUCCAUUACAUGAGCAAUAACAUUGGUGAUUUGAAGCGAUGUGUGCGUGAAGAACAAAGCGAAAUAGAUUGGUCUGGAU